AUGAAUAAUAAUGACAUUAUAUAUUAGUAGUAAUAAGAACAAAAGGAGAAAAAACCAUCAUUUUUUGAAUAAUUGUGUUCAUGCAUAUACUUCUUUCGAAAAAAAAAUGUUAUGGCUAAUGAAAAAUAUUAAUUAGGAAUUGAUACUCCCAAAUCUCAUGUAAGUUGAGUAAAAUUAAAUAUGAGACUAGAAAAAUCUGUGUUUUAGAUUUAGAUGAAACUUUAGUGCAUAGUUAAUUUAAAGGAGAAAAUGGUUAUGAUUUUUUACUUGAUGUAAUAAUCAAAAAAUAUGUUAGAUAAUCGUUUAAAGUUAAUUAUUCAAAGUAUUUGUUACAGUUAGACCAGGAGUUGAAGCCUUUUUAGAAUCCCUAAGUGAAUAUUUUGAGAUUGUAUUAUGGACAGCUAGUUUAAAAGAGUAUGCAGAUCCAGUUAUGGAUAUUAUUGAUCCAUAAAGAAGGAUUCAAACAAGACUUUAUAGAGAAAGUUGUACUUAAGUUAAAGGAGGACUUACCAAAAACCUGAAUAAAUUAGGAAGAAAUUUGAAAGACGUAAUUAUAAUAGAUGUAUUAAAAUUGAUUUAUUAGAAUUCCUAAAUGUCAUUUAUGUUUUAAACAGAAAAUGGAUUUUUAAUCAAAGAUUUUAUUUCGGAUUAAAAUGAUAAAGAAUUAGAUUAAUUGUUACCAUUUUUAAUUUGGCUUAGUUAAGUAAAUUAUUUUUGUAUUAAGUAAUCUGAUGUUAGACCUGUUUCUUAAUUAUAUUAGUAAUUUAUACUCAACAAUUAAUUUACCAGAAAAAGUUCAAAAAAAUAAAAACUUUCCUAAUCUAUGAUUUUAAAUUAAAAUAGAAUAGAAAAAUAACUUGAAGUUCCUAGAACUCAUACAGUUAAUCAUUGUGAUUUUGAGGAAAUUAAUUUGAGAUAAGAUGCUGGUCUUAAUUCCCCUCAUAUUGAACUUAAAAUUUAAGAUUAAACAGAUGAUGAUGAUGAAAGUAAAGAGACAUUUGAAAUCAGUAGCAAUUGUUGA